AACCAAUUAACCGUUUGAAUGACACCACAAUAAUAAACAAUAAUGAUGCUAUUAAUAAGUCGCAACUUCCUCCCGUCACACAUACACAUGAUAUUGUUUGAACACUGCGAAUCCGUGUACGAUCACGAGAUUUAUCGCCAGCUUUUCGAAUACCUACUAUCUCGAUGUUUAAAAAUAAUUUCCACGGUUUUGGCAACGUUCUAUUUCAAUGUCGAACUGUUUAAACCGCAAAAUUGUCAGUUCUACUUCUGUACUUUCAUAGAGUGCGUCUCUCUGUUCUUCUUUCGACUAAUUGGACCAUUCUUCUUGUUCCGGCAAUGGCACCGAUUAAUGUUCCAGUGAUCUGGAUCUUGGGUGGACCAGGAUGCGGUAAAGGAACUCAGUGUGACAAGAUCGUCGCCAAAUACGGCUUCACCCACCUGUCGUCCGGCGAUCUUCUCAGAAAUGAAGUACAAAGUGGUUCAACCCGGGGCAAAGAACUGACAGCCAUCAUGGAACGAGGCGAAUUGGUGCCACUGGAAGUGGUUCUCGAAUUAAUCAAGGAGGCGAUGUUGAACGCUCUCGCCACCUCGAAGGGGUUCCUGAUCGACGGCUAUCCGAGGGAAAAGCAACAGGGGGUGCUGUUCGAACAGAACAUCGCCCCGGCCACUCUGGUGCUCUUCUUCGAUGCUCCGGAUGAAGUACUGGUCGAGAGGCUGCUGGGCAGGGCCAAGACUUCCGGAAGGGUCGACGACAACGAAGAGACCAUCAAAAAGAGGCUGAAAACCUUCCACGAUCACAACGAUCAAAUUGUCGAGGCGUACACGGCCAAACUUAAAACAAUUAACGCGCAAAGAUCGCCGGACGAGAUCUUUAAAGAAGUUGAAGGUUACAUCGACGCCAUUCUGUAAUAGGUUAAUUUGAAACCGUUGCGGCACAUUUCCAAAGACAUCGAGUCAAUUGUUACUCACUCUAUUUAUGUAGAUUGUUUUGUUGCAAUAAACUUUCAAUUGUU